GUACAAAUGAGGCGCAUAAUUCAUUAUACACACUUGCUGACAAAUAAUCUGGCACCGCCCUGGAAAUUUUGCUUUCACAUUAAAUGCUUUAGGUUUUGAAAACUGGAUGUUACCUGGUAGGCGUCCCCCACCUUGACAUUAACCCAACCCCAAGCUUUAUCAUUACUAUACUUAGUCAUUGCAUGCAGAAAUACUGCAUUCUGCUUGGCCUCCAAGGUUUAGAGAUAUGGAAGAAAAAUAGAAUUAGUAACCAACAAUCAUCAGAAGUUCAAAUGUAAAGUGAGAAAGUUUCCUAUUCACAGUCAGUCAACUAGUUCAACUUUGCCCUUAAAGUGCUGAUGUCACCAAUGCAUUUCAUCUAGAGAGGUCAAAAGUCACCUAUUUGUCCAUGAGAAUUCAACCAGGGAGAACAUUGAUUAUCAGAGAGCAAUCAGACAGAAAGGAUCGGUCCAAGGUUCAUUGCUGUGAAAUAGCAACAGACUGAGAGACACGUUAGAGAUUUGGGACGAGGGGAACAGACGAGAACAUUGAGGAAAUAUAUGUGUUGGUGGCCAGAAAGAAAAUAGAAGGUGCCCAGUGAGACAGGUUCACCCAACUGAGACAUCUGUGAGAGGCCACAUCACUGCUGACUCUGAGAAGAUGGACAUUCUUGAGACAGACGCCUAUGACAGGCGGCAGAGGAGAAAUAUGUCCUGUGCCCUGUUCUUCUCUCUCUUGCCUUUCUUUUUGUCCUCAGCUGUCUACUUCUACCUGUGGACUCCUGAAUCGUCCCCGUCCAUCAUGUCUGCAGCUGUCAAAUCAGCACCAACCCUCCUACUGGCUGCAACAGUGCUGAGCUGGAAUGGAGGUCAGAGUGUCCUGGGUGUUGUAGGAGGACUGCUCUUCUCUGCUGUUGGUGACUGUUGCUUGAUAUGGCCUGAGCUUUUUCUGCAUGGAAUGGGUGCCUUUGCUGUGGCUCAUCUGAUGUACUCACUCACCUUCCUCUCCAGUCGUUAUGCAGCAUAUUCCUCUUCCUCCUGGACCCGUCUUCUAUACCUAAUCCUGUUCAUGACAGGAGGAGGUUUCUAUAUCUAUCUAUAUCCAUUCCUGCAGAAGGCACCAAACUCAGAUCUACUAAUUCCAGCUGUGGGGGUAUACACUGUCUUAAUUACUCUAAUGGGGACAUUAGCUAUUAGAACCCACCACACAGCAACACUGUUAGGAAGCUUGUUCUUCAUAGUGUCUGACCUGUCACUGGCUCUGCAAGUUUUCAAGGUGACGGCACCAAUAUAUCAUGGUCAGACUAUUGUGAUGGUGACAUAUUAUUUGGCACAGCUACUUAUCGCUGUGGGCGAUGUAAAAGCUGUGGAGAGUAAGGACGACUUUUCAAAAUGGAAGAGGUCCUAAACGGAGGUCCCCUGUGGCACCCCUAAAGUCUGAACGACCCUCCUCACAUUUACUUAUUGGAUAAAAUCCUGAAUACUUUCUGUGGGAUUUUCUAAAGAACCCAUCAAAUAAAGGAAAGGAGGUAGAUAAACAUAACAUGGACAGUUGUCCUACUGGUCAACACUUGACAGCUACUUCAGUCAAAGCUUUACAGCUGGAAAAAAUAGAGCAAAAGACUAUCUUGCAAGCUACCUUGUUAUGGGUUUCCAAUUUUU